GAGGCACGCAGAAAUGUUCGGGCAGUUAUUGUGAAAACAAGUGCUUGACAAUAAGUACUAAAUAGUGCACGGAAGUUUUGAUAUUAUUUUGAGAUAUCUGGAAUGAAUUUAACCCUUCCUGAUCAGCCUUUAAGUUUGCCAUAACUUCGAAUUGCUUCAUUAUAAAUUUAGUAUACUAAAUAGGCGCUACGUUGGCGAACAAGAUGCCUACGAUUUAUCAACUCAGCGCGGUCGUUCGGAUACUUAUUCUGCUCGCUCUCUGCGGUCUUAGUAAUGCACAAAUGCUUGACGUUGACGACUUUUGUGAUUUCGCUGGCUACGAUGGCAUAUGUUUGGAAGCUAGCAAGUGUACUGACCUGCAGGCCAAAAUGCAGGCACUGACUUUGGAAAGCCAUCACGUGGGCCGCUGUGGCUUCGGCGUUAGAGAGGAGAUUAUAUGUUGUCCAAAGUGGCAAACACCGGUACAAACUCCACCCAAACUUCCCAACGCGUUUAUAGAUCUCUCCAAACAGCCUGAGUUUGAAUACAAGCCGCCGCUAGAUGGUGCGCUUAGUGAUAGUUCUAUUCUCAGCACUACAAGUACACCUAUAAAUUUUCAACAAAAUGGCAACAAUUUCCAAGAGCACGUACAAGAUGAAGAGGACAGAUUAAAAUUGUUAUUCAAUGGCAACUUUGGUCAAGCUGGAAAUGGGAAUAAUGUGCGGGAAUGGAAAGGCGACUCUGCACCAGCUGUAAAUGAAAAUAAUAACGGCUUCUUCAUUGCAAAUCCAGUACCGAAUGUACAGGAUAACCAAAAUUUAAAUGGCAACCCUGUUGUCGAAGAAAAUGAAAGAUUUAAUGCCAUAUUCGGGAACGGAAAUGAUAAUAGCCCAGAUGAAAAGAAGGCCAAUUCUUUUCCGGUUGUAAAUGAAAAUAAUAACGGAUUCUUCAUUGCAAAUCCAGUGGCGAAUGUACAGGGUAACCAGUUAAAUGGUUACCCUGUUAUCGAUGAAAAUGAUAGAUUAAAUGCCAUAUUCGGUGAUAACUCUGCACAGAAUGGAAAUGAAAAUAGUCAAGACGAAAAGAAGGUCAAUUCAUUUCCGGUUGUAAAUGAAAAUAGUAACGGCUUCUUCAUUGCAAAUCCAGUACCGAAUGUACAGGAUAACCAAAAUUUAAAUGGCAACCCUGCUGUCGAUGAAAAUGAAAGAAUGAAUGCUAUAUUCGGCAAUAACCACGAGCAGAUCGGAAAUGAUAAUAGUCAAGAUGAAAAGAAAGCCAAUUCUUUUCCGGUUGUAAAUGAAAAUAACAACGGAUUCUUCAGUGGAAAUCCAGUGGCGAAUGUACAGGAUAACCAAAAUUUUAAUGGCAACCCUGUUGUCGAUGAAAAUGAAAGAAUAAAUGCCAUAUUCAGUGUUAACCCUGAACAGAUCGGAAAUGAUAAUAGUCAAGAUGAAAAGAAGGUGAAUUCUUUUCCGGUUGUAAAUGAAAAUAAUAACGGAUUUUUCAUUGCAAAUCCACUGCCAAACGUACAGGAUAACCAGUUAAAUGGUUACCCUGUUAUCGAUGAAAAUGAUAGAUUAAAUGCCAUAUUCGGUGAUAACUCUGCACAGAAUGGAAAUGAAAAUAGUCAAGAUGAAAAGAAGGUCAAUUCAUUUCCGGUUGUGAAUGAAAAUAAUAACAGAUUCUUGAUUGCAAAUCCAGUGGCGAAUCUACAGAACAACCAAAAUUUAAAUGGCAACCCUGCUGUCGAUGAAAAUGAAAGAAUGAAUGCUAUAUUCGGCAAUAAUCUUGAACAUAACAGAAAUGAUGAAAGUAAAGAGGAAACUAAAACAAAUCCUGUACCGUUCGUAAAUGGAAAUAAUAACGGAUUCUUCAGUGCAACUCCAGUGCCGAAUGUACAAGGCAAUGGAGAAUUUAUUGGUAACCCGGUGGUCGAUGCAAAUGAAAGUGUGAAAGCUGUAUUCGAUAAUAACCCUGUACAUGUAGGAAGUGAUAAUAGUAAGGACGAAGGGAAGGUAAACCCUCUUUUGUUAGUAAAUGGAAAUAAUAACGGUAUUUUCAAUCAAAAUCCAAUACCGAAUGUAGAGGGCAACCAAAAGUUAAAUGGUAACCCUGUUAUUGAUGAAAAUGAAAGAUUUAAUGCUUUAUUCAACCCUCUGCCGAUUGAUGAUGAUAGGGUUAGGCCCAGCGGUGUAAUUGAUCAAGAUUCUGCUGAAAAUUUAAAAGCUAAAAUUAAUGCUAUUUUCGGUGGUAAUCGUGAACAGGUCGGUAAUGCUAAUGACAACGAGGAGAGCAAGGGAAAUCCAGUUCCGGUUAUAAAUGGAAAUAAUAACGCGAUUUUCAAUCAAAAUCCAAUAUCGAGUGUACAGAACAAUCAAAAGUUAAACGGUAACCCUUUUUCGACGAGAAUGAAAGAUUUAAAGCGCUAUUCAAUGGCAACCCUGGUAAAAGUGGAAGUGUAAGUAGUAUUGGGAAAUGGAAAGGAAAUAUUGUUCCAGUUAUUGCCGAAAACAAUAAUGGCUUAUUCAAUGAAAAUCCAGUGUCGAAUAUACAGGCUAAUCAAAAGGCAAAUGGUAAUCCUUUUUUCGAUGAAAAUGAAAGAUUUAAUGCUAUAUUUAAUGGCAAUCCCAUCCCGAAGGAAAACCAUAUAGGUGGACUAAAUGGUGUAAUUAGUCAAAAUCCUGCUAUUUUCGGCGGUAAAUCUGUACAGCUUGAAGAUACAAACAACAGUGGGGAAUUGCAUGGA